UCCUCGCUCGCUCAACAAACUCCUUUCACCGCCGCACUAAACUGCUACUACAUAUAUUCCCCAUCCACACCCUCUAUCUCUCAACAAAUUCAAAAAUUUUCUCAAACUUUCUCUCCGUCCAAACAGUCCCCACUCAUAAUCAUGUUUCGUCUAAGCAACAAUUUGGUAGGGAUUCUCAACUUUGUCACUUUCCUUCUCUCAAUUCCGAUCCUCGGCGGUGGGAUCUGGCUUCGGAAUCAUGGAUCCUCUGAAUGCGAGAAGUUUCUGGACACGCCAGUUAUAGUCCUCGGCGUGUUCCUGAUGGUGGUUUCUCUGGCCGGACUGAUCGGCGCGUGUUGUCGCGUGUCGUGGUUACUCUGGUUUUAUCUCCUCGUCAUGUUCCUUCUUAUUGUGUUACUCUUCUGUUUUACGAUCUUUGCUUUUGUAGUGACUAACAAAGGGGCUGGAAAGGUGUUGUCAGAUAAGGGAUAUAAGGAGUAUAGAUUGGGAGAUUACUCAAACUGGUUGCAAAAGAGAGUGAAUAACACUAAGAAUUGGAACAAAAUUAAGAGUUGUUUGAUUGAUGGGAAAGUUUGCUCUAGUUUUAAAGAGAAAUAUUUGAAUGAUACUGUCCAGGAUUUAUAUAAAGAACACUUAUCUGCUAUUCAGUCUGGAUGCUGUAAGCCAGCAGAUGAAUGUGGUUAUAAAUAUGAAAACCCAACAACUUGGACAGUGACAAAUACAAGUUCAACAAAUACUGACUGUGCUGCCUGGAACAAUGAUCCGAAUAUUCUGUGCUUCAAUUGCAAUUCAUGCAAGGCUGGAUUGCUAGACAAUAUAAAGAGAGAUUGGAAGAAGGUUGCUGUUGUGAACAUUAUCUUCCUUAUCUUCCUCAUCAUUGUCUACUCUGUUGGAUGCUGUGCUUUCAGGAACAACAGAAGGGACAAUGCUUAUUCUGGUGGUGGAUGGAAUAAGCACCCUUGAGACUUUCAGCUUGGAGGGUGUUAUUAGUUUUUAGGUUCUCUUUAUUAUUAUGAGUAGAUGGUGUUCUUCUUUUGUUUUUGUAUAGCAUCUUAUAUGCUUGAUUUUAUGUUCAUUAGAACAAAUAUCGGAUAUAUAUAAAUAUAUUUUUCUGUUAUUAUA